AUGGAUCUUGCUGCUUCCUCUUCUCUGCUGUACUCGCGCUACAGCAAGUGCGUGCCACUUAUCGACCCCAUCAAAUAUUCUUUGCGGGGCCCCAACGAGGGCGAAAGAAACGGCGCUGGUGCUGUGAGGCGAUACGACAACGAGGACGAAAACAUUGCUUUUCUUUCUUCGGUUCAGAUGCCGUCCGAGUUGUGUUUGGCGCUUGCAUGUGUCUCGCGACGUCGUGAGGCUGUGCGGCGCAGCGAGCAGGGCCCACUGCUCGUCUUUGUCCCGUUCCAUGAGCCAAGAGAUGAGGUUUUUGUUGAGGUUCCUGUCGCGGCCUUUGGCAACGCAAAACGACAGCGCGGGCUGCAUCUGCUGCCGCUGAACGACUACUCAUCCCUCUGCGCCGACGCGAAGGACGGACUUCCACCGCGGAGGGGGUUUUUUGUGACGUUCCGCACGCGUGCGGAACAACAGCGCUUUCGGGCCGCCAUUCAUCAGCUCAUCCGCGACUGCGCCUACUGCGGUCCGCUGGACGGCAAUGUCACGCCGCGAUGCGUGACGAGGCACCCCAAAGACACAAUGCAGCACCGCAAGAAGGAGGUGGAAUUCGUGCGGGGCGGAGAGAAAACAGACACCCUUGUGGCAGCAAAAACCUCGUGUGGGGUGGUUGAUGUAGGGAAACAUGCAAGCAAGCCAAAUGGGGCAAUCUUUUUUAUCGAUAGUCUCCUAGCGGAGCGGGAUAGGCGUCGAGCGGAGUACAUUGCAGGUAUUCAAGGUUCUCCGCCGGGGGACCGUCGCCAUGGCGAUGAGAUCGACUCUAGUACAUGGUCCGGGCAGCAACAGGCGGUGCAUCCGGAGCUGUGGAACAUGAUUGAUGGUGCUGUCGAGCGCCAGGCAACGGCAGACCGGUGUGUGGAGCGGCAGAUGGAUGCCGUGGUUCCGCUAUCAGAGCGGGAUACACUUUUGCGCCAGCUGUGCGCGGCUGUGGAGGCGUAUGAUAAUAUGAGUGACGCGCAGGGGUCUGGUGAGAUGAAUCUGAUGGGUGCAGCUCGCCAGUUUUUGUGCCAGCAUCAAAAUCACCUUUGGCAGCUUCAACACGCUGGCAGUGCCACGCAUCUGUCGGCAGCGGUAGUUGGCCAAGAAGACGCCAAAACUCACCCACAGGUGGUGGGGCUGGCAGCAACAGCACAGCCUCAACUAACCGUGAAUGGAUCGUCUGCUGAGGCGCUGCGUACCCCCCGCGUUGAUGUCCCCGAUCCGCGGGAGCGACGGCAAUCACUGCAGCAAACAGUUCCAGUGCCUCCGCCUUUGACGCAAGAUGCUGCGGGGGGUUUGGCGCACAAAUUGCCUGAUCCAUCGCCGUUGCAGCAAUCGAGUUUGGGGCCCGAGGAUGCAGAGCAAGAUGCGCAGCGCUGUUUGCAGGAGGAGCUGCAGCGUGCCCGUGAGAUAGAGUCCCGUAUCUUGUCUUCCUUUCACACUGUGGCACCGCAUUCGUUGGCCGCCAAGGGUGUCUUUGGCAGGGCUCCAAAGACGUCUUGGCUUCCCUCCGCCUCACUGGAUGUGAGCGUGAGGCAAAAAGGAGGAGGUGGUGGCGAAGCAAAUGGGGGUGGUGGCACAGCGGAGUUUGAAACCGUCAAUGUGACACUGUCACCGGCGCAGAUGGAGGCGCAACCUGUGGGGGUGACCAACAACGCGGUGACGGAUGCACCAAAGGAGGCUGAGGCAAAAUCCCCGCAUUGUGGAGCAGGGUGGAGGCCUGUGCGUGACUCCGUCAGCGACAAAAGCUACUAUGUGCAUGACUCGACAAAGAAGACCACCUGGAAGAUUGAAGAUACGUUUAAAGGUGAGCCGCAGGAAACGGGUGUGAAGGAGGUCGCAGCCUGCGGUGCCGAGUGGCGUGCAGUGAUAGAACCGAGCAGCGGUCGCACGUAUUAUGUCCACCGGAGAACCAAAGCCACAACGUGGAAGCUAGAGGAUACACUCAGGGAGGAUGUCAAGACAUCCUGUGCGAAUUUGACAGCUUCGCAGCAUCCAGAGAAGAAAAAACGGACAGAGUGGGCAGAACGCAAAGACCCUGCAACGGGCAAAGUGUACUAUUACAACAAGAAGACGAAGCAAACAACGUGGAAACGUGCAGAGACAGACUUGGACCCCUUGUGA